UAAAACAAAUGCACGCGAGCCGGUUCUGACUCUGACUUAUUUUUUGCUCCACUUUCCACCACCCCCCACUUUCCCCACCCCUAAUUUUAUUUAACAAAAUUUCUGUGCCUUUUCGGGGGGGGGGGAAGGAAAGAAAGAACAAAGACUGGAGCAUUGUGAGCGGGAAGCCAUCAUUAAGAUGCAUCACUGUGGAGCAGGUGUCAUUCAGAUUAAACCAAACAGAACAGCAGUAGUUUAAGAGCGAGCGAGACUUUGUUCUUACUGCUGCUCUGGGAACCAGUUGAUCGUUGUCGCGCGGAUGGAACGCGGCCCCGGGAAUCAGAAUGUGGCGGCCGGCUCCGAACUCGGGGCUGUCCAUGGCUGCCAUGGAAACGGGCGGGCGCGUGAGCAGCCCCCGCCCAGUCCGGCGAGAGCCCGCUGGAAACUGCUGCAAUGGGUGCUGAAACAGAAGAAUAUAGAUAAAGAAAAUCUGCAGCAGGUUUCUAUCAGAAGAUGUUUGACUUUCAACAUAUUUUCCACAAAUGUGGUGAAGAAAUUGGAGUCCGAUUCUGAUAAUGAAAUGUGGGUUGAAUACACUUGCGUUCCCUAUCCACAGUAUAGGGUGUAUUUAAGACACAGUGUUGGCCCUCUGAAUGUUGAAGAUGUUCUCACCAGUUUUGACAACACAGGAAAUGUCUGCAUCUGGCCUUCAGAAGAGGUUUUGGCUUAUUACUGCAUAAAGCACAGUGAUAUAUUUAGAGGUCUUGCAGUUUGUGAACUGGGAGGUGGAAUGACAUGCUUGGCUGGGCUCAUGGUUGCUAUUUCUGCGGAUGUCAAAGAACUUCUAUUAACUGAUGGGAAUGAAAAAGCCAUCAAAAAUGUUAGUGACAUCAUUGAAAGAAACAAGAAGCAUGGACUAUUCAGGGCUUCUUCUGUUUCAAGUCGCAUAAUGCGAUGGGAUAAUGAGACGGAUGUGUCUCUUCUGGAAGGACAUUUCGAUGUUAUUAUCUGUGCUGAUUGCUUGUUUCUGGACCAAUACAGAGCCAGCCUUGUUGAUGCAAUGAAGAGAUUACUCAAACCCAAUGGAAAAGUGCUUGUGUUUGCCCCUCAGAGAGGUGGCACUUUAAACCAGUUUUGCAGCCUUGCAGAGAAAGCCUGUUUAACUGCCCAGAGGCUUAUGAAUUACGACGACCAUGUUUGGAACUUUCAUCUCAAGAAAUGAGGAAGAAAGCUACUGUACACAAAAGCUCCAGUGUUAACUUUUAAAAAUUUGAAGACUAAACUGUUUAUUAAAAGAAAGAAAAGAAGAGAUAAAAUUUGACGCACAAGAUAAAAGAUACACAGUUAGAAAGAAAUCUUACAAAAUAACCCCCAAAAUGCUUUAUCAAAGGCACACAAUACAGCUCUCUUUUUGGUAACAGCCCUUAUAGAUUCCUAACCAUAAAAUCCAGGAACUAUUACCCAAGUCGAGAAAUUGCUUUCACUUUGAACAGAAAUACAAUCUACGACUUCCCAGAAGAAAUCCACACUGAUGUGUUUUUUCCAAAGGGAGAUUCAAAACAAACCAUUUCUCAGGACAAAUAUUCUCUUGGCCCAAAACUGAGUUGUUUUCUUCAAUUAAAAACCUUUCUCACAGCUUUUCAGCACACACCAAGGCACAGGAGUUCGCUUUCAAUGGCACUCCACCACGCCCGUGUUCCUCCCCCCCGACCCCCACCUCACAGCAACUCCCUACAGUUGAAAACCCUUUUUCAUAUAUAUCUUUUCACCCCUUUCAUCUCGAUCCUCCAUUGUCUUUAAAUGUCUCUUUGAAAACUCAGGUUCCCAAACAUCAAACCUUUCAUGUUCCUAUUUCACCUCUAUUUCGGGUCAAUAAAAUUUAAAACGUCUGCCCCUGUUUACUCAUGAAUCUCCUGUAAAAUGCAAAUGUUCUCUGUUACCUUUUGAGACUUUUUGAAAUUCAACAGCUACAAAUCAAUUUUGAAACUCAUCCCCAAAUGCUAAUUUCAGAUCUACUCUUGUUUCCGUGUAAGUUAACACCCACCAUAAGGCCUCAUUAUAAAAUGCAAGAAGAUAACUACUUUGGUCUUUCAUCCUUUAGAUUCUACAGACAGUAUGACUCCAACAACCUCACCUUUGAUUAACCCUGGACACACACAGGCGCACCUUACACAGAAUGUAUACGUAAACACAGAAAUAUAAAAUUAUACGCAUAUCAUCACACUUGUCCCAUUAUCAUCUCCGUUUGUCUUGCACCAUCAGCCCCUGUUGUCAUUUAAUCUCACCUACUCUAUCACAGACCUUCCCCCACUCCCCACCUCACCCAUAUGUGUUUCCCUUCCCUACCUCUGUACUUAAAACCUAUUACAUCUCUACCUUUUUACUAAUCCUGAUGGAAGAUCAUUGACCUGAAACGUUAACUCUGUUUCUUUCUCCACAGAUAGUGCCUGACCUGCUGAGUAGUUCCAGUAUUUUCUGUAAUUUUAUGUAAAAUAUAUUGGAAUUCUGUGGUUGGUUUUAAAGAGCAUCUUAACAGUGGAGGGAGUGGAGAAGUUCAGGGAGGGAGUUCCAGAGCUGAAGGCAGAGCCACAAUGGUGAGGCAAAGAAAUCGGGAAUGUACAGAAGGCCUGAAUUGAAGCAUCAUCAAUUUCUUAGAGGAUUGUAGGGCUGGAGGAGAUUACUGAGAAAGGAAGGAGGCCAUGUAGGGAUUUCAAGACAAGGCUGAGAAUUUAAGAAUCAAGGCAGUUCUGGACCAGGCCAAGCAUGAAUGGAAUUUAGUACAAAUUAGGAUAUGAGUAAAGGAGUUUUAGAUAAGCUGAAGUUUGUGGGGAAUGGGAGACUGGAUGCUAGCUAAGAGAUCAUUGGAAUAGUCAUGUCUGGAAAUAAGAAAGACAAGUUGCUACUUUAUAAUACCCAAUCAGAAAAACUUGUAGUAUGGGUUCUAGUGUUUCCCAACAACAACAAUAACCUGCAUUUAUAUUGUACCUUUCAAAUAGUAAAAUGUCCCAGUGCAAUUCACAGGAACAUUAUCAAACAAAAUUUGACACCGAGACACUUGGGGAUAUUAGGACAGAUGACCAAAGCUUGGUCAAAGAGGUAGAUUUUAAGGAGUGUCGUAAAGAAGAAAAGAAUGUGUAGAGUUAGAAAGGGAACUCCAGAGCUUAGGGCCAUAGUGGCUGAAGGCACAGCUGCCAAUGGUGAAGCGACUUAAAUCGGGAAGUGCAAGAGACUAGAAGUGGAGGAGUGCAGAUAUCUCAGAGGAUUGUAGAGCUGGAGGAGGUUAGUGAUGGGAAGGGGGUGUGAGGCAAUGGUCAGAUUUGAAAACAAGAAUGAGAAGUUUAAAAUCGAGGCAUUUUUUAACUGGGAGUCGAUGUCAGCCAGCGAGCACAGGGGAUAUGGGUGAAUGGGUCUCGGUAUGAGUUAGGAUGCGGGCAGCGUUUCAGAUGAGGUUAAUUUUGGAAUAGCCUUGCCUAGAGAUAACAAAGGCGUGGAUGAGGAUUUCAGCAGCAGAUAAGCUGAGGUGGGACUGGGUCGGGCAAUGUUACAGAGGUUGAAAUAAAAUGUUUUGGUGAUGGAGAAGAUAUGUAGUUGGAAGCUCAUCUCGAUAUCAACUGUGACAUUGCGACCAGUCUGAAUCAGUUUCAGAGAGCUACUGGGGAAGAGGGUUGGAAUUCAUGGGUAAUGAACAGACCAAAGACAAUGGCUUCAGGUGAGAAAUAGGAAUUACUAGGUGCAAUACUGUUUCCUGCAUGCCUGAUAGUGUCAGUUGAAGAAUCUACUCAGUGUAAUGCUUGAAUUGUGAUGUGCAUGAAAAUUUAAAAUUGUUUCUCGUUAUGUAUUGUCAGAUCUCCCAUUGUAUUCCUCACAGUAUUUUAGAUGAUGUGCGGUAUCACGGUGGCAAGGGCAUCAUACAACAAAACAACUUUUUUCACUGUUA